CCUUGCGGCUGCCCGGCCCCGCAGCCCAGGGACCUGCGUGGGGCGUCUGCGACCGAGCGAGCGGUUUGGAUCCGAGUUCCGCCGGCGUCGCGGGAACCUCCCCGAGCCCGGGCCGCCGUCGGCGGGGUAGUUGAGGGCCCGACGGGGCGCGCAGCACCCCAGAAGAGCGAGGCCUGGGCGAAACCUGCGCCGGGAGGCUCCAGAACCUUCCUCGGGAGCAGCCCCAGAGUCAUGGCUGCGGGGCGGAGCAGAGCCAGGGCGCAGGUGUCCGUGACCUUUGAGGAUGUGGCUGUGCUCUUUUCACGGGAGGAGUGGAGGAAGCUGGGUCCUUCUCAGAGAGACUUGUACCAGGAUGUGAUGCUGGAGAACUAUAGUAACCUGGUCUCACUCGGACUCCUCUUUUCCAAACCAAAAGUGAUCUCCCUGCUGCAGCAGGGAGAAGAUCCCUGGAAGGUAGAGAAAGGAGGUCCUGGAAGCUCCUGCUUAGGAUGGAAAAGCAGUGAUAAAACUACAAAAUCAACUCAAAGGAAAGAUUCUUCGUUUCAGGAGCUAAGAAUAAGAAGAUCUAAAAGGAAUGUGCCUUGUGAGUUUAAAUCAGAAAAGCUUUGCAUAUAUGAAGACACAUCUGAGAAAAGGCAGGAAAGAAAAGCAAGUAUUCAUAUGGUUUCAGCCACCCACAAAACAGUCCUCACUGUAGAAAGGAGACAUAAAAAUGCUGAAUUUGAUCAAAACUACAGCCCAAAGACAAACCUUGUUAAGCAACAGGUAGUUUCCAAAGAAAAAACACCACCAAAAUAUGAGAUAGAAGGAAACAACUUCAAUCAGAAUUCAGAUUUACUUCACCAACUAAAAAUCAACACAGUAGAAAAGCGCUAUAAAUGUGGUCUUUGUGAGAAAACUUUCAUUAACACAUCAUCUCUUCGAAAACAUGAGAAAAACCACAGUGGAGAGAAAUUAUUUAAAUGCAAAGAGUGUUCAAAAGCUUUUAACCAAAGUUCAGCACUUAUUCAACAUCAGAUAACUCAUACUGGAGAGAAACCAUAUGUAUGUAAAGAAUGUGGUAAAGCCUUCACCCUUAGUACAUCCCUAUAUAAGCAUCUAAGAACACACACUGUGGAAAAAUCCUACAGAUGUAAAGAAUGUGGUAAAUCCUUUAGCCGAAGGUCAGGCCUUUUUAUACAUCAGAAAAUUCAUGCUGGAGAUAAUCCCUACAAGUAUAAUCCAGGUAGGAAGUCAUCCCUUCCUGGAUGUCAAAGACUCCAUUCCAGAAAGAAGUCCUAUUUAUGUAAUGAAUGUGGCAACUCCUUUAAGUCAAGUUCAUCCCUUCGCUAUCACCAGAGAAUCCACACUGGAGAGAAGCCUUUUAAAUGUAGUGAAUGUGGGAGAGCCUUCAGUCAGAGUGCAUCUCUUAUUCAACAUGAAAGAAUUCACACUGGGGAAAAGCCCUAUAGAUGUAGUGAAUGUGGAAAAGGUUUCACUUCUAUCUCACGGCUUAAUAGACAUCGUAUAAUUCAUACUGGUGAGAAAUUUUAUAAUUGUAAUGAAUGUGGCAAAGCCUUAAGUUCUCACUCUACUCUUAUCAUCCAUGAAAGAAUCCAUACUGGAGAAAAACCUUGUAAAUGUAAAGUGUGUGGAAAAGCUUUCAGACAAAGUUCAGCACUCAUUCAACAUCAGAGAAUGCAUACUGGAGAAAGACCCUAUAAAUGUAGUGAGUGUGAUAAAACAUUCAGGUGCAACUCAUCCCUAAGUAACCAUCAGCGAAUUCAUACUGGGGAGAAACCAUAUCGUUGUGAGGAAUGUGGCAUGUCUUUUGGCCAAAGUUCUGCUCUUAUUCAGCAUAGGAGGAUUCAUACAGGAGAAAAGCCCUUUAAGUGCAACACUUGUGGGAAGACAUUUAGGCAAAGUUCAUCACGGAUUGCCCACCAGAGAAUUCAUACUGGAGAGAAACCCUAUGAAUGUAAUACAUGUGGGAAACUUUUUAACCACAGAUCAUCUCUUACUAAUCAUUAUAAAACUCAUAUUGAUGGGAAGCCCUAAGAAAAUUUAUUUCCCUGUGUAAAAAGCUUUAAACCAAAGAUCACCAGAAUACAUUGAAAAUUACAUAACAGGUGGAUAUGAAAAUGCUCCCUCUGAUUAAAUCCUCAUAGAUAACUAAAUUCCAAGGACAAGUCUUGACUUAAGAAGUAAAUGGGAAAAGCUUUCAUAUCUGUAAGACACUUUUGUUACCUGAAAUGAAGGAUUUACACCUGGAGACACUGACUUUGGGUGGGUAUUUGUUAGAUAAAAAUUUGUCUUCUGUUUAUAGCAGUGUACACUGGAUGUCAUAAUGUGAGUGCUAUAAGCAUCUGAGUGGGGGGUAGGUGUGAAUUGGAUUUAUUUUUUGUUUUUUAAAUCUAUAUGACUAACCCUUUUUAAUAGACAUUUUACUAGUAUAUAAAAGUUUUGAUUGAGACACAUUUAUAGAGAAAGGGACCAAAUAAAAGAAAAAUGACCUUGUAAACUACCUCUCAGUUUUUGGAGUGUGCCCUAGUCCUGACCAAAUGUCAACUUUUGUGCAUGUAUUUCAUUUAAAAAUACAAAUAAAAGUAUGUUUGCUUCCUUUA